AUGCCUCAGAAAAAAGAAGAAAUUAAAGUUACUGAACGAGUUGGAGAAGAAGAAAUUGAGGGGAAAAUUAGGGAAGAAGAUAAAUUUGAAAUUAAAACUACUAGUACAACUACAAUUAAAAUAACUCUGAAAGUGAAAGAAGAAAAUAAAGAAGAUCAGCUUAUCGAAAUAGCAAAAAUUUGGAGAGUGGAACAAGUGAGGAAUUUUUAAUUGGUGUUGGGUGUUGGAUAUUUUGUGGGUCAGGAGUAGGCCAAUGUACCGCAGAGCUAUA